AUGUUAAAAGAAGUCUUCUCUCUUGUUCUGUCUUUGUACACUUUGUUGUAUCAGACCAUCGUUCCCUGCUUGGAGCCUGAGAUGCUGUCUGUGAACGCGAUCGACCGGCAGAAGCAUCUAGGGACAUGGUACUUUAAAGCAGCAGUCAGUCACAGAGAGGCGGACAUCCAGAAGUUCAGAGUGCUGGACAACAUUGUGUUCACUAUGGAGGAAAGAGAAAACGACACACUGCUGCUGACUGGACACAUGCGCAUGGGGGAUAACUGCAUAAAGCAGACCUGGACCUAUCAUAUAAAUCUUGAGAGCAAUGAUUUGGAACUGGAAGGAAGGCCACAGCGCAAGAACCUACUAUGGAGUGGCAAGUGGGCCGAAUGCUCUGAAUGCAUCAUUUUCCAGGAAAUAGAGCCUCCACUAGACAAGGAGAAAGGAACGGAAGACUCCCUCCAUAGACACAUGCUGUAUGCUCGCAGCAGUAAUAGCUCUGACAUGGUGGCAACAUUUCUGAAAAAUGCAGCCUGUAAUAACAUGCAGGCGAGCGUCACACCACGUCAAGAGAAAGGUUACUGUUGGAUCCACUGGCAUCCUCAAUGA